GCCUGUGGGAUGCUGCUGGAUGAGACGCCACUAUUCGAUCCAGCUCUGCUGCAGGAGCUGGACUGGAGUAGCAAGACAGUGUCCUUCUCUCCCCCCAUCUCCCCCUCCCAGCCUGGGGAAGGUCUGGUCCUCAGGCCCCUCUGCACAGCCGACUUCAACAGGGGUAAGGAAGGAAGGGCCACUACAACACACUGCUUUACCUGGGUUGUGUUCAUUAGGCACCAAACGGAAGAAAACUGACUGAAACAGGAAGGGCCUAGCUGGACUUAUCCAAUGGGAAACGGUCAUUUGAGUUUUCCGUUGCAAAACCUUUUGCUACAGUGUUCCCUUAUGAACACGACCCUGACUGACAUAUUCCAAAUAAUAAGACUGACUUAGCUGAACAACAAUAAGAGACUGACUUGUCCCUUACAAUAGUGGCAUUCCUGAAAGUCAGUGUUUUCACAAUAAGAGACUGACCUGUCUGGUUCAACAGUCAUGCUUUCUAUUCUAUGUCUAAAAUAAAAGUUUGAAUGUAAGUUUCCUAAUAGUUCCAAUGUUGUUUUUGCUACACAGGAUUCUACAAGGUGUUAUCCCAACUCACAACUGCAGGGGAUGUUACGCCAGAGCAGUUUAUUAGUAAGUUCCAAUCAAAGCCUAGGUAUGGCAAUACACAUUGACUGGUUAAUUUUGCCAUAUUAUAAAGUGAAUGUACAUGCAGAUUUUUCAAAGACAUGGUAUGUAAAUCCUAAAACAACCAUCAAAAAAAUAUUGAUAUGCUGAAGAGCUAUACUGUCGUUUACUUCUAAGAACUAGUUCAUAUUUUAUUUAACCUUUUAUUUUGACAGGAAGUCAUGCCGAGACCCAGGUCUCUUUUACAGAUGAGCCUUGUAUACACAUCAAUACACAAAAAGCAAAACACAAUCAUAGAAAACAAACACAUUCUUCAGUAAAAAGGUCCUCAAUAAGCCUUUUGCCAUAUGAUAUCCUGUCUGUCAGAUAUAGAUGCGCACACUAUCUAUAAUGAUCCUUUAUAUUUUCUCAUAGAGAAAUUUGAGCAGAUGAAAAAGACUGGGGACUACUAUGUCGUCGUGGUGGAGGACACAAACCUGGGACAGAUUGUUGCCACGGCCACAUUGAUCACAGAGCACAAAUUCAUUCAUUCCUGUGCAAAGGUAGUGUUUACCAACAAGCAAUCUACAUUAAACCCUCCCUGGAUCUAUGUCAACUCAUCUCCUUUAUGAUUUAUGUACUUGGUCUAAUCUUAUAAGGCCAAAUCUUGACAGAAGCACACGUAACAUAUCAUUGCAUUGAUGACAAUUGGAUAUUUAGCUAAAACCCACACGUUUGUCACAUAGUUAUUCAGCCCAUUGAAGACUUCUGUAUGUCUGACAUGAGCUGACAUUUUGUCUCAUUCACAGAGAGGAAGGGUGGAGGAGGUGGUUGUCAGUGACGUGUGCCGGGGAAAACAGCUGGGGAAACUGUGAGUAGUCUCCACUGAGCUUAAAGGAAGAAUCCACCCAAACAUUUUAUUUGGGGAUUUUUUUCCAUUAGUCCACUGUUCCAGUGCCAAAAUGUUUUCAAGAUAACAUCAUGAUGUUGUGGCAAGUGACACUUUGCUUCUUGAAAAUCCUAUAUCUUGACAAGAAGCAAAGUGACACUUGCCACAUGAUCAUGUGUUAUGCUGAAAACUUGACAUGCAAAAUAUUUUGGGACUGUAUUAACGGUGAAAUAAUGAAAAAAUAUAAACUCAGCAAAAAAAGAAACGUCCUCUCACUGUCAACUGCAUUUAUUUUCAGCAAACUUAACAUGUGUAAAUAUUUGUAUGAACAUAACAAGAUUCAAUAACUGAGGCAUAAACUGAACAAGACAUGUGACUAACAGAAAUUGAUCAUGUGUACCUGAACAAAGGGGGGGUCAAAAUCAAAAGUAACAGUCAGUAUCUGGUGUGGCCACCAGCUGCAUUAAGGACUGCAGUGCAUCUCCUCCUCAUGGACUGCACAAUAUUUGCCAGUUCUUGCUGUGAGAUGUUACCCCACUCUUCCACCAUGGCACCUGCAAGUUCCUGGACAUUUCUGGGGGGAAUGGCCCUAGCCCUCACCCUCCGAUUCAACAGGUCCCAGACGUGCUCAAUGGGAUUGAGAUCCGGGCUCUUCGCAGGCCAUGGCAGAACACUGACAUUCCUGUCUUGCAGGAAAUCACGCACAGAACGAGCAGUAUGGCUGGUGGUAUUGUCAUGCUGGAGGGUCAUGUCAGGAUGAGCCUGCAGGAAGGGUACCACAUGAGGGAGGAGGAUGUCUUCCCUGUAACGCACAGUGUUGAGAUUGCCUGCAAUGACAACAAGCUCAGUCCGAUGAUGCUGUGACACACCGCCCCAGACCAUGACGGACCCUCCACCUCCAAAUCGAUCCCGCUCCAGAGUACAGGCCUCAGUGUAAUGCUUAUUCCUUCGAUGAUAAAUGCGAAUCCGACCAUCACCCCUUGUGAGACAAAACCGCUACUAGUCAGUGAAGAGCACUUUUUGCCAGUCCUGUCUGGUCCAGCGACGGUGGGUUUGUGCCCAUAGGCGAUGUUGUUGCCGGUGAUGUCUGGUGAAGACCUGCCUUACAACAAGCCCUCAGCCCAGCCUCUUUCAGCCUAUUGCGGACAGUCUGAGCACUGAUGGAGGGAUUGUGCGUUCCUGGUGUAACUCGGGCAGUUGUUGUUGCCAUCCUGUACCUGUCCCACAGGUGUGAUGUUCGGAUGUACCGAUCCUGUGCAGGUGUUGUUACGUGGUCUGCCACUGCGAGGACGAUCGGCUGUCCAGCCUGUCUCCCUGUAGCGCUGUCUUAGGCGUCUCACAGUACAGACAUUGCAAUUUAUUGCCCUGGCCACAUCUGCAGUCCUCAUGCCUCCUUGCAGCAUGCCUAAGGCACGUUCACGCAGCUGAGCAGGGACCCUGGGCAUCUUUCUUUUGGCGUUUUUCAGAGUCAGUAAAAAGGCCUCUUUAGUGUCCUAAGUUUUCAUAACUGUGACCUUAAUUGCCUACCGUCUGUAAACUGUUAGUGUCUUAACGACCGUUCCACAGGUGAAUGUUCAUUAAUUGUUUAUGGUUCAUUGAACAAGCAUGGGAAACAAUGUUUAAAACCUUUACAAUGAAGAUCUGUGAAGUUAUUUGGAUUUUUACAAAUUAUCUUUGAAAGAGGGUCAUUCUGUUUAUUUAGUUAAGACUUAAUUGGUAGUCCUUGCCUCUCUUCCAAACCCUGUUCUGUAAAACAUGGACGUUACAUUUCACAGUUCAGUGAGGAUGUAGCUUUAGCCAACUUGUCUGGCAAAACAAGGCAGGCUAUUGUCCUUUUGUUAAACUCUUCGUUAACGGUUCUUGUUUUCUCUCACCAAUUUCAGGUUAGUGUCGACCCUCACUCUCCUCAGCAAAAAACUAGAUUGCUAUAAAAUAACACUGGAAUGUGCACCCAACAACGUGGCCUUCUACAAGAAGUUUAGCUACUCUGCAUCAGACGAGACUUACAUGCAGUGUCGAUUCUUUGAUUGAGGUCAGGAAACGUAGUUCUCCCUCCCUGGGAUUUGACUUGAAUAAAUUGGUUCCAGGACAUUGUCAUAUUGGUUCAACAGCCUAGGACCCCACAAAGUUCAAGUCGUCUCCCCACCAUCAGUCACUGUCCCUCUGGUCACAAAGCUACCUCACCUGGGGGAGAUUUGGCAUUGUGUCCCUGGCUUCCCCAGCUUCUUAACAGAAUGUCAAUCCAGUCUGGAAUUCGGGGACUCUGCGCUUUAUAGGAAACACAUUGAAUAAUUUUUCAUUUUUUGAUUCACAAAUUUAAGUGUUAAGAGGGUUUUAGUUAAUAUUUACAUCAAAUGUUAAAAUUGCAAUAUUAAAAUUUGCAGACUGGUCCACAUGUGAGAUAUGCAAAGGCAAGUGUGAAAAGUCAAACUGACACACGUACAAAGACCAUUUGGUAACGGUUCAAUAACACUUUAGUUGGAAUGAUACCUUAAUGUAGGCCAGACAACCUGGGACAUUCAUUAUGCUAAGGUACUGCAUAUUUAUUUUGAGAAAUUUGACAAUCACCCACUCAGAUUGUAUUUUCUGUUCAUUGGCAAAGACUUUGAUCUUUGUGCCCAUUAGACAAAUAACUGUGCUUGCAACCUAUUGGCCUACGUGUAAUACAGAAUUGCUGUCAAGUUUGAAGAGAGCCCUUUCAAUAUUUUAUAUAUAUAAAAUGAUGCUUUCACUAGUGAUCAACGGUACAUCGGUUAUUUCAGACCUCAGGAAGUUUGUUCUACACAAGUAAAAUCAUGUAUAGGUUUGAGGGAAUUCUGUUCAAUAAAAUACAUAGCUAUGUUUGGUAUGAAGAUAUGGUUAAAGAAUUGCCAUAAAUGUUUGUGGGGUAAAUUAAAUGUAAUUGUGAAAGCUUAUUUAUUCAACCUUAGAUUUUUUCAUAAUUAUGCAUUUAGCCUUGGCAACUGGGGACAUUUGUAUUCUAUUUAUUUAGAAUAAAUUCUAUGUAAAAUGCAAAUAAAUUCUUUUUACACUGGUUGUUACUUUGUUGAUCAAAAUACAAAAACCUGACAGAAUAUUUGGGAGCAUGGUGUUAGUGUGUUAAAUUGAUAAUAUAAAGAAUGCUAGAAACAGGCUAAAAAUAGCAGUACAAA